CAGUCAGGCAGCAAUCUCGUUAUCAUUGAUUUGAUGCGGAAUGAAUCAGCGCUGACACAUCUCCACACUCAGCGAAGGAACAGCGCAGCACGUCGACGCGUCAACUGAUGGACAGAGUGAAGUGUUAAAGUUAUCCCGCGGGGCCCGGGGAUCGUUGUUGUGGUGGGAAAAAACAACUGAGCCAGCAGUCACGGGAGCUAAAUAUUUGGAUGCUAUGCCCUUUUCGAAAGGAGGAGGACGAGAACUCGAGCGUUUUGAUGGACUCUCGCUAAUUUACUGGACACUAAUGGGUCCGUAUGGGGUAGAUCGUGCCGUUCAUGAAAUAGAAUUUACCGACUGUGAGAAUGGACUGGGGAUCAAAGUGAUUGGAGGAAUGAAGGAGUUAACGGGAGAGGAGUUUGGAGUCUACGUCAAAAGGAUUUUACCUGGUGGCCUUGCUUCAAGUGAUGGACACCUCCAGGCGGGAGACCAGAUCUUGGAGGUGAAUGGGGAGAGUUUACUAGGGGUCACCAGUGAAAGAGCAGUAGACGUUCUGAGAUCAGCGUCCUCGAGCAACCAAAUGCGCCUUCUGAUCGCCAGAGACGAGGAAGCCAGGAGAGAGUUUUCAGAGCUUUUGGAGAAGUAUGGAUCCAGCAGUAGUACUGGGUCGACACGCAACUCUCCCAUCCAGCAUGCAGCCAGAUAUCUGGACAGCACAUCGUCCGGGUCCUCGUCACGCUCCCAGAGUCCUUUGCUUUUGAGUCCUGCUGGCUCUCAGAGCACCUACAACAACCCUCUACUGCGCUCCCUCAGUCACCCAGGAGAGGGUGUGAUCCAGCUGAUCUCUGUAGCCCGCUCCUCUAGUCUGGGCAUCACCAUCGGCGGAGGCUCCAAUAGACCGGACGGCCCUGCGGUCUUCAUCCAGGAGGUUCUGUCUGGGGGAGACUGCCACAGGGAUGGGCGCCUGAGGCCAGGGGAUCAGCUCAUUGCCAUCAACAAGGAGUCCUUGAUAGGUGUGACCCACGAGGAGGCUAAGAGCAUGGUCAACAAGGUCAAAUUCAGUCAAGAGGCGGUGGUGGAGGUUGCUUUCAUCCCUGGUAAAGGUCCGUUGCCCAACAGCACGUCUUUACACAACGGUGUCCAGCGUGGCGUUGGCAACGGGUACAGCUCCGGACGCUUAAAAGUCCACGUCAGAUCACCAGAGAUCCGUACAGGGGAACCUGCCCCACUGCCUUCUCCCUCCCCUGACAUCUGCCCUCCAGAUAUACACAUUUCAGGCUCGGCCUCCACCCAGAGAACAGUGUUGUCUGCAGCCAAACCCAAGAUCACCCUGGACCCUCACAUACGCCUCAAGUCUGACAAACUGGACCUGGCGUUGUCGUACCUGGGUCUGGACGUGACGGAGGAGAAGAGGAGGAAGCUGAGACAAAGUCUUAUCGCUGACCCACAGGGAACCGUGUCCUACGGAGACUUUGUUGAGGCCACACGCAACGUCUACCAAGAGAAUCUGGAGGAGGCGGGACUAGGGCAGAAAGAGUUCAUGUUCUCCUAUCACGAAGCAGCUAGCUUGAUGGACACCUCUGCCUUCCACUCCCCGACCUUUGAUUCAGAUUCCUACAGUAGUGAAGAACUGGAGCACUUUCAGGCGGAGGUGAAACAGCUGCAGAACCAGAUUAAACAACUCAAGUCCAAUCACAGUCAGCCUGCUGGUUUUCCUACACUACCCCAGAUCAGUCAGCCUGCUGGUUUUCCUACACUACCCCAGGUCAGUCAACAUGCUGGUUUUCCUACACUACCCCAGGUCAGUCAACCUGAUGGUUUUCCUACACUACCCCAGGUCAGUCAACCUGCUGGUUUUCCUACACUACCCCAGGUCAGUCAACCUGAUGGUUUUCCUACACUACCCCAGAUCAGUCAACCUGAUGGUUUUCCUACACUACCACAGGUCAGUCAACCUGCUGGUUUUCCUACAUUACCCCAGGUCAGUCAACCUGAUGGUUUUCCUACACUACCCCGGGACACAGAGCACAGCAAGUCGACCCUGGAGGAGGAGCUAAACAACACCUCAGAGAAAGCGUGUGCGACGGUGGAGGAGAACAGUCGUCUGAGGACUCGUGUGCAGGUAGCGGAUGCAGUGCAGAGAGACAGACAGAGUAACAGUGCAGAGCAGGACUAUGAAGAGGUCAUUACACUGCUAGAGGCUGAGAUCAAAGACCUGAAGAACCAACUGGCGGGCAAGAAACAGAAGGGUCUGGAAGCUACUAAGGAAGAUGUGAUGGAGUUAAACAGGAAGUUGUCAAUGAUUGACUGUCAGCUGAGGAAGUCUGAGCUGAGCAGAAGACACCUGGAGAUCUCCAACAAGAAACUACUGGGAUUCGCACAGAAUGUUCACAAAGUGCUCACCACCCCCAGCUUGUUUGGAAUGGAAAAUGGGAGUAGCAGGACCUCUCCAGCCACAGACAGUCCAGAGACCCCCUCUCCCAUCCCAGACCCAGCCUGCCAGUUAGCUGCAGAGGCCAGGGAGCUGGUGGAGGGGGUCAGAUCCCUGAGCAGCACCGAUGAUACAGCCCCUCUCAGUGACUCAGAGGUGGGUGAACCACCUGACCCAGCCAUGGACCCUAACCGGGCAACACACCCUCAUAGCUCGCCGGCUCAGACAUCUCCUACAGAAGAUCCAGCCAAAGACAAGCGCCGCCAGUAGAGAACGUUCAGAGAACGUCACAGAGAGCGUUUUAGAGAACGUUACGAGGACGUGAAAAGAACAACGUGGCUGGGGACUAGGCUCAGACGAACACAGUGGUUGGCUGACUACGUUUACCUAAAAACUACCAACGACCCUUUAAAAGACCGACAGACAGAUUGAGAGAGACAACCAGACAGACUGUAUGUAGGAUGCUAUGCAGUGUGCGUAAAAAAGAAAGAAAACACUUACAACUCUUUAAAAAUGAACUACUGUCAUUAGUUGAGGCUUCAGUCAAUGUUCUGGGAUUGCUUUACCGAUUAACCGCAAAAUGUUCUAGUUUAUCUGUUUUCUAAUACAGCUGUGUGUGUACUUACGUUUCUCUGUUGAUAUUUAGCAUUUGUCAGAAUGUGAACGAAGGGGAGAUUCUCAACUGGGAGAAUCUCCCCUUCCUGGGAAGGAUAGCAGGUUUUGAGGUGAAAUGGCAGAGACUUGUAGAUGCAGUUCAGUUUGUUCCAAAGAGCUUGCCGUAGCCGAUUAGACAGCACUACAAAGCCAAGGCGCUACCGUUGGGUGUGUAGGUGUACAGACAUACAGCAUGAGCUAUGAUGCUGAUGAUUAUGAUGAUGAUGCACUGAACCUUUCUAUCCAUGAGUUCCAAUACUCUGUAAAAGAUGAAUUCUCUCAUGUCUUAUUUCCUUGUAUCCUAUUUCCUUGUAUCCUUCCUGACCACUGAAAUCUGGAGAGACCGGAUAGUGACGUUCAAUAUGCCGGUAUGACAUUGGCUGCUCGUCAAAUUGGUUCCAUCCGUUUAUUUUUGGGAUCAGCGGUCCUCAAGGACACGAAGAGAGAUGAAGACGUUUGUGUUCAUUAUCUGAGACGGGACAGAAAUGUGUAUUUUUGCUAACAACAGUUCCCAGAGGUGAGGAGAAGAAGCCAGACUAGGGCAUUGGAACCUAGCCCUAGCUGUGUCUAUAGCUGUAUCGCCAUGGCUACAGUAAGUGCCCUGUAUGUGUAUACUUCAGAGAGAGAGAGAGGAUAACGUGGACGAUGUGCCCUGAUCCAAAGCGUCUCAUCCUGAUGACAUCGUGUCACCAUGGUGAUGACCCUGUGUACAGAAACGGUUUGUCCCUUAUACUGAAGUGCUCUGAUGAACUGUCUGUCUCUUUUGAAGAUGAUUUUGUACUGGAAAAGCCCAUUUUCUGUUACGGAUACCGAGGUAGAGGAAGAAGCUUUAGGACCUGCACGAGCUGUCAUGGCGACGCCGAGACGUCUGCUUUUGCUGUUAUUAUAAAACCUUGUAAAUCUUUAAGCUGAAAGAAAUAUUGCACUCUCCUUUGAUGUCCUUCUCCACAUCUUCUGACUGACGCACACACACACACACACAGACACACACACACACACACAAACAAAUCCGCUGGACCAAGCCAGAGCUUACUAUAGUAUGUCUGUGUCAGUUGAAGCUCGUUCAAGGCUUUGUCUAUGAGGAUUCCUUUCUUCCUUACUGUUGAGUUCUGUGAAUACUUACUACGCUGUCAUAUCACAUAUGUUCCGUGACUUCUGUUAGAACUGCGUCUCCAUAGCGACAGCUGUGUGGAAGUUCCGUUCCAUAACCCACAGUUUGUUGGCUUGUCCUCUGAGAUUGAGGUUAUGUCACCAAGACAAUAACAAAAAGAAUGGGAAAAACAACAACAAUGGCCUUUUAGCAGUGGCUGUGUCUCGAUAGUCGUAACUAGCUCCCUUUCCUUGUGUCCUUUCCUUGUGUCCUUUUCCUUCAUGAUCAGUGAUAUGGAAAGAAGUGAUACUGUAGGUAAAAAAGCAAUAUGGUGGAAAGCCAUCCAAUCCUUUCACCUGUUAGAGGUCCUGAAGGAAAGGAAAUGAGCGGAGGAGACAAGGAAAGGAAGUAAUGAAAGAGUAUUGAGAUCCAGCCGGUGUCUAUCAACUCAAAACAACUGAUACUUCCUCAGUGCUAAUGAAGGAAAGGCGACGAGGAAGGAAGCCAACGACGAGUAUUGAGACACAACGCAAAGCAGUGUAUCUCAACUGGAGACAUCAUCAGUACCAUACUAUCACUGCAUGGUUCUGGUUCUGACCACCUGUCGUUCAACAUCCAACUGGAGACAUCAUCAGUACCAUACUAUCACUGCAUGGUUCUGGUUCUGACCACCUGUCGUUCAACAUCCAACUGGAAACAUCAUCAGUACCAUACUAUCACUGCAUGGUUCUGGUUCUGACCACCUGUCGUUCAACAUCCAACUGGAAACAUCAUCAGUACCAUACUAUCACUGCAUGGUUCUGGUUCUGACCACCUGUCGUUCAACAUCCAACUGGAAACAUCAUCAGUACCAUACUAUCACUGCAUGGUUCUGGUUCUGACCACCUGUCGUUCAACAUCCAACUGGAAACAUCAUCAGUACCAUACUAUCACUGCAUGGUUCUGGUUCUGACCACCUGUCGUUCAACAUCCAACUGGAAACAUCAUCAGUACCAUACUAUCACUGCAUGGUUCUGGUUCUGACCACCUGUCGUUCAACAUCCAACUGGAAACAUCAUCAGUACCAUACUAUCACUGCAUGGUUCUGGUUCUGACCACCUGUCGUUCAACAUCCAACUGGAAACAUCAUCAGUACCAUACUAUCACUGCAUGGUUCUGGUUCUGACCACCUGUCGUUCAACAUCCAACUGGAAACAUCAUCAGUACCAUACUAUCACUGCAUGGUUCUGGUUCUGACCACCUGUCGUUCAACAUCCAACUGGAAACAUCAUCAGUACCAUACUAUCACUGCAUGGUUCUGGUUCUGACCACCUGUCGUUCAACAUUCAACUGGAAACAUCAUCAGUACCAUACUAUCACUGCAUGGUUCUGGUUCUGACCACCUGUCGUUCAACAUCCAACUGUGGAAUCAAAUGUUUGGUUUCAGGAAUGUAGACAAAAACAUGAGUUAUACUGUCUUGUUUAAAACAAUAGGUUGUAUGAUAACGAUACCUGUGUGGUGGGAUAUAUGGGCUGCGUCCCAAUAAUCUCUCCUUUCUCCCAAAGUGUGCACUCGUUCACUUUCCUUUAUGGAUUUCAAAGGACAUGACUGGAAUAUGGAACUCCCUCUAGAGUCUAGCCCAUGUAUUUUCCAUUUGUAUGGAGUAGUGAACGAGUGCACACUUCAGGAAAGAAAGAGAGUUUUGGGACACAAGUCAAGGAGAUGUGAACAACAGGAGGUCAUGUAACAUUAAUAAGACUGUAGCUAAAUGUGUCCGAGGUGUUAAUAUUGUUAAAUGCACACGCUUUACCAAACUGACUGACAUGUAGUCCUGUAAUUGAACUAGAUUGCAUCAUUAUGUGUGUGGCCUCCAAACUUUCUUUUACUGUUUUUAAUAAAGGAUUAACCUCAAA